UUUGACUGACAAUGAUUUAAAGUGAGUCAAUAGUGGUAGAUCAAAAUAUGUCAAACCUAAAUAGAAUUUAUCUGUCUACGAAAAUUAUCAUCUUUAUUUAAAUUCAGCUAUUUAUUAAAAAUUUAAAUAAGCAUAUAAUUGGCAAAGUUUCAGUGCUAUCUUUGACACAUAAUUUGAAUGAAAUGUUAUAUAAAAUUCCUAAAUAAAAGUUAACACAAGACUCAAAAGUAUGACUGCUAAAGAAGGCAAGAUUUUUGCUUCGUUUGAUUCCUUUCGGAAUUAUAUUUCAGUGAUUAGUAAGAGGAAAUCUUUUAGAUAUGGUCUGCCUUUUAUAUUACUAGUAAUAGGAGGAUCAUUCGGUCUUAGAGAAUUUGCACAAGUAAGAUAUCAAUUCUCCCAAGUCAAAGGAGUCAGUAGAGAAGAAGCUCAAAAAAUGGGCCUCAAUAAAACUAAAAAUGUUACAUUAGAAGACACAUAUGAAGAAAUAAAGAAUCUUGAUAUUGAUAAUUGGGAAAAUAAACGAGGGCCCCGUCCAUGGGAAGAACCCACCAGUCAAACCAAAAAGGAAAUGAAAAAGUAGUUGAAAUUAUAAUUAUCUUAAUAGGUAGGAAUAAUCAAAAUGUUAUUCAGAUAAAUAAAUUACAUAUUUUAAUUA